AUGUCGUGUUUCGUUCGAUUUCAGCUAUUCCGAGAUCGAAUAAAAACCUCUUUGAUUUCAUUUAAUAUUUAUGAUAAAUAUCCAUCAGAAAAUCAACAUGUUAUUGCUAAUGAACGAAUUGCGACACGAAUUUAUGUAAUUUUAAUGACACUUGCUUUACUAGUAAUUAUUUUAUUUACGUCGUUCACACAUAGAACAGUAAUUAAACAAAAAAAUAAACCAAAUCAGUUAGAAUUUGAUAAACUAUAUGCAAAGUAUUCACAUAAAUUAGUUUGUCCAUGUUCUCAAAUAUCGAUUCUCUAUGACACCUUCAUAAUGUUUGAGCCAGAAUUGCAUACAAUAUGUUCUAGUGAUUUUAUUUCGAUUAAUUGGAUUAGUUAUCUUGCUUCUACCAAUGAAACAUAUUAUAAUCAUGCAGAUUUUCGAAUAUUAGGACAAGCUCAAUUUAACGCACUUUUAGCCUUUUGUCAACUAGCAAAUCAAACAAUCAGUGAUGCUAUGAACACAUUCCUUUCAACCAAUUUCAUUUCAUCUGGAGUAAUCAAAUUAGAAUUAUUUCAGUCUGAAGUUGAGUUUUUGUUAAAAUCGUUUAAAUCUUCAACUAUCAAUUCAUUUCAACGUUCAUUCGAUCUCAUACGUUUGACAACUCAAGGAAAUCAAUUACUUUCAGCUUUAAAGACAAAUUAUAUCCCAAUAAUUGACACAUAUAAUGUGAAUAGUUCAAUAAUAGGUUUUGAAUCAAAUAUUUAUUUCGAUCUAUCUAAUUCUUCGUGCAGUUGCUCAGAUUCGCCAAUGUGUAUCGAACCCGUAUGGAUUUUUUCUUAUAAUGAGACUACUCAAACAUUUAUCAAACAAUUCAACGUUCCAGGUUUCUAUACUGGCUGCUUUGCAAUCGAAUCAUUAUUUCAGUCAACAUUUAAAUGUCUCUUCAAUCAAUCAUGUUUAGAGCAAAUUAAAGAGUAUGUUAAAUCAUAUGCAACUACUGAUAUUUCGAUUCUAAAUUUAUCGUCAUCAAGUAAAUAUGAGAUGAACACCACAAUAGGAACAAUUAUAUACCAAUUAUUCAUCGAGAAUUGGAAUACACACGUAUUUUAUGAAGCAUAUUAUAAUAGUUGUCAACCAAUGUAUUGUUCUUAUGAUGAUUUAGAGAAAUUUGAUGUCUUAUCUAUAAUAACAUCAAUACUAAGCGUGUAUGGCGGACUAACUGUUGUUCUGAAAAUUCUGUUAUUAUAUCUUGUUAAAUUUAUUCGAAAUAGAACACAAUCUGUAAACACAAACAGUUGUAUGACAAAUCCGAUAUCUUUCAUUGGAACAGGUUUAUUAUUAACAUGUAUUAUACAAAAAGAAGUAGUUAAAGCUCCAGUACUUCUAACCACAUCAUAA